CAGCUCACUGUUUCUCCUACAUUUCUGAUUCAAUCUGAGGCUGAGUAGGAAAUUAACUGAAAUAACUUGCACGAUGCCCAUCAAGAGACAGCAGGCCACGCCCACUUCCACCAGAAUGAACCUGAGAAGCUACAGGAACUCCGCCCUGGUUCCGAUGGAGUCUUCUUCAUCUGAGGACAGCUGUGAUAGCUUUGCUUCUGAUGGCUUUGCACCCAUGAAAAGGCCUCUCCGGCAGACUAGAAGCUCCCCUAGAAUCUCAUCUUUAAAGGAAAAAGUCACUGGAACCCCACCAGUGUCUGAGGAGGAAGCCUGUAGUGACUUUGAGGAGAAUGAAUUUAGUAAUGACAUGAAUUCUAUGAAAAUGGAUUCAGACUCUGAGAUGUCACAGCCCCAGAAGAGAGCUCGUCGCUCCUUUACUCUUCAGGUGGCCAUGAAGUUUCCCACCAAAAAAGCUAAUCGGAAAGAAUCAGCAAACCAUGAGCCAGUUUCUGAACCCAAAGAGAGACAACCAGACUCGGAUGAAGAGGAUUUUAUUGCAAAGAGAGCACUGAACAUUAAAGAAAACAAAGCUGUGUUGGCUAAACUAAUGUCCGAGUUGAAUAAAAUGCCUGGAAUGUUCCCCAAAGAGGCAUCAUUAUCUGCAGCCAAUACACCUCGUCGUGUGCCCUGCCGUUCUCUCGGAACCCCUGGAAAUCGAAGGCAGAAUCCGGAACGCUCGUCACGUCCUCGCACUCGCUCUCGCUUGCUCCUGGAGGGUCCAGCCUCUCCCGCUCCUGAAGAAGAGUCUGAGGACCGGUUUAGCCUGGUGCGCAAGAGCCGACACAGUGAGGAUGAUUAUGACGAUGAAGUGCCGGAGCCACGUCGUAGGCGAACCUACACCGGUGCUCUUGCCAUCCCUCACGUGGUGAGGCCUGUUGAGGAUAUUACCCAAGAGGAGCUUGAAAAUAUCUGCGACAACGCUAGGGAGAAGAUCUACAAUCGUGCCACUGGUAGCACCUGUCAUCAGUGUCGUCAGAAGACAAUUGACACCAAGACUAACUGCCGCAACCCUGAAUGUGUGGGGGUCAGAGGUCAGUUUUGUGGCCCCUGUCUGCGUAACCGUUAUGGAGAGGAGGUCUGUGAUGCACUGCUGAAUCCGGACUGGCAGUGCCCCCCAUGCAGAGGCAUUUGUAACUGCAGCUUUUGCAGGGCCAGAGAUGGCCGCUGUGCUACUGGUGUGCUUGUCUACCUGGCAAAAUACCACGGCUAUGACAAUGUCCAUGCUUAUCUGAACAGCUUGAAGAAAGAGCUGGAGGAGAGUGAAGAGCACUAAUGGUGACGACUGAUUUUCUCCACUGUAAUUGUUGGAUUGUGUUUUUCCAAGGUUGGAAGAUGUGCAGAUUUCUGUGCCUUUUCAGUAGAUGACAAAGUCUAUAAGAUUUUAAUUUACAUUGUUUUAAAUGUAAUGCUGCCAAAUGCCAUUUAAUGUAAGUGACAGCAUUUGUUUUUAGCUGUUUGGUGUCUCACAGUUUUUUUUUUGUUUUUUUAAAUCGGUAGUUCAACCCAAGAUGGAUCUGCUACUUAAAAUAAAAUCUAAGUUAGACUUCAGUUGCACAGUUUUAAAGGUGCAUCAACAAGUAAAUAUCAUUUAAAUAGUAUUUUUUUGUAGUAAUAGUAUUUUUGCUAUUAAAUGUUGAUUAGCAAAGUGUUUCACCAAUUAAGUUGUUUUUAAUUCCUUGUGGUUUGUAGUUGGAUCAUUAAAAUGCUCUGCUUGCAAUGAUUCUCAUUAAUAACCCUCCUUACACACUCACUCCCACCAGGAGCUGUGCAGUAAUUUUGGACUCUUCUUUGUAUUGUUUUAACAAGCUUACACUGAUCAGCCAUAACAUUAAAACCACAUCCUUGUUUCUCCACUCACUGUCUAUUU